AUGCCUCGAGAUCCGCUCAUCGGCCUCGUUGGCAAGCCCUCAGCUGGCAAGAGCACCACCCUUAACUCCCUCACCGACGCGUCGUCUAAAGUCGGUUCACGACGAUCGAUCCGCAGAGAGCAAUUGGCUAUCUUCAAAUACCUUGCGCAUCUCCUCGACGUAGCCGGUCUCGUGCCCGGCGCCCACGAGGGCAAGGGCCUGGGAAACAAGUUCUUGGACGAUCUGCGCCAUGCCGACGCCCUCAUCCACGUCGUCGACGCCUCCGGGACUGUCGACGCCGAGGGCAAGGAGACUCGCGGCUACGACCCUUCGGUCGAUAUUGCUUGGCUCCGGAGCGAGAUAGUUGCGUGGAUCAGAGGGAAUCUGAUGGAUAAGUGGUCGUCUAUCAAAAGGCGGCAUAUCGCCAUCAAGGCGACGGCGGGCGAAACGCUCCAAGCGCAGUUCUCCGGUUACGGCGCAACCACCACAAUAGUCAACCGCGCACUAGACAGACUAGGAAUCAAGGAGCCCCUGGAACACUGGAGCGACGAGACCAUUGACCUCGUCGUCAACGCGUUUACGGACGAGAAGUUUCCCACCGUACUUGCGCUGAAUAAGAUCGAUCACCCAGACUCGGACAAGAACAUUGCCAAAAUCGCCAAAAUGGGCGACCCCGAGGGCGGCGGCCUCAAAGAGCUCGAUGAUAAGAACAAGAAUAGGAUAGAGAACCUGAAAGAUAUGGUGCUCUACCGCUUCGGCUCUACGGGCGUUGUUCAGGUCCUCACGAAAGCUGCCGAGGUGUUGGGGCUCGUGCCAGUCUUCCCCGUAAGGAACACAACCACGUUCGGCACCAACGAUAACAAGGGCGUGUUUCGGGACUGCGUGCUAGUGAAGAAGAAUUCUACAGUAGGCGACGCCGCACGGAAAGUCAUGGGCGAUGCCCCUAUUGCCUACAUAGAAGGCGCCGGUGGAAUUCGAGUCGCCGAGGACGACCUCAUCAUGGUUGGAAAGAACGAUGUUUUAUCUUUUAAAGUUGGCAGAGCCUGA